CUAAGUUGGCACACUGCGCCCAGCUCCCUCAAGGCCUCAGCCUGACGUGAAUAAGACCAAUUCCUUCUUCAAUGCCCUUCUCAUAUCUUCCCCUUGGAAGAUGAGUCUUUAUCUAGAAUGCAAAAUUAGCGAUGGAGUAAGCAGCGGGGAUGCAGCGCGUCGGAGAACUAGAUCCACUUGACGAUAGUGGGCUCUGCCUAUUGUCCCUAGAUGGCGGCGGGGUUCGAGGGCUGUCGUCUCUGUAUAUCCUCAAGGGUAUCAUGGCACGAUUAAACCACGAGCGCGGGUUAGAAAACCUCCCUCCCGUGAAGCCAUGCGAUGUGUUCGAUCUCAUUGGUGGUACGAGCACAGGCGGACUUAUCGCAAUCAUGCUCGGUCGGCUCGAGAUGGAUGUCGAUGAAUGUAUUUCGGUGUAUAGCGAGCUUAUGAGGUCCAUUUUCAAAAAGAAAUGGAACUGGUUCCCGAUUAGCUUGACGGGUAAAAGCAGGUCACGGUUCAAGUCUGCGAAACUCGAGAGCGCAAUAAAAGAGGCAAUUAUUAGGCAUGGUUCCAAAGAGACGGAUCUCUUCAACGAUGGAGUCGACCGUAGAUGUAGAGUGUAAGUCUCUCCCGAAUACGCUCAGGAAAGCUCUAAUGAUAUUAGUUUCGUCUGCACCAUUGCGCAUGAGACCAAGGAAAUUGUUCGUCUAAGAAGCUACAAUUUGCCUGAUAAACUUCACAUUCCUGCUACUAUUUCUGAAGCUGCACUCGCCACAUCCGCCGCAACGACUUUCUUCGAUCCC